CCAACCAAACAAGCCUGAAGCCGGCAUGAUGCUGUUCUUCAACUCAACUUACAAUGGCUGCCAACAUCGUUAACGGGCAGUAAAGUGCGAGGCUUCAACACACUGCGUCUCUUUCGGGAUUAUUAAUCUUGAGCCAUCGAUAUUGAACGCUGACAAAAGAUAUACGAGUAGAUAUCUCAUCCAAGCUAGCACAACGUAUGACGAGUCACCGUUCAGAUCCACAGAAAAAAAGCCAACUAACUACUUGUACGAACCCACUUCGGCAACAUAUAAAGCCUCACGGCAUAUCCAGUCUACAACCGCCAACAUAGAGACCUCAAAGAGACUUGCACACAUCUACCUGCGAUCUGUCAGUCGAAGCCCGAGCAGAUCAAAGUCUCCUGUCCCUCAUCCCAUGACAGCCACCGACAACAGGGACAAGAUUGUCCUUGUCACAGGUAUAUCAGGCUACAUUGCCUCCCAACUUGGCCUGCAACUGCUCCAAAAGGGGUAUACAGUCCGCGGCACAUCCAGGUCCUCUGCUGCGAAAGACCAUCUCCUGGCUGGUGCCUUCAAGGGCUACGACUCACAGUAUGAGCACGCCGAAGUCAAAGACAUGACGGCCAAGGGCGCAUUUGACGAAGCGGUCAAAGGCGUCCACGCAAUCAUCCACACUGCUUCGCCUGUCGACUUUUCUUUGAAAACAGUCGAUGAGUUCUUCGGCCCAGCUGUGGGCGGGAACCUAUCCAUUCUCGAGUCGGCCAAGACUUUCGCCGGACCGCAGCUGAAGUCCUUGGUCGUGACAUCCUCGGUCGCUGCAAUAGUGGACAAAUGGAAGCAGCCGGCUGAUCAUGAAUAUACUGAAGCCGACUGGAAUACGAGCGGAGAAGCGGUCGCCAGGGAGACGUUCUCGGCACCCGUGGCUUAUGGGGCGUCUAAAGCAGCAGCCGAGAGAGCAUUGUGGGAAUGGGUCGGAGCAAAUCACCCGUCGUUUGCUGUCGCGGCAAUCAAUCCCAGUGUUGUCACAGGUCCACCAGUGUCCUGGCCAGCUUCACCUGAGAAACUCAACGAGACCUUGAUGCCUAUCUGGCGGAUAUGGAGCGGCGACAAAACGAUGCCUUCACAGAUUGGCGGAGCAGGCUAUAUUGACGUGCGAGACGUCGCACGCAUGCAUAUCUGGGCGAUGGAACAUCCUGAGAAGAGUGACGGGCAAAGGUACCUAGUGUCGAAUGGCAAAGCUCCGCCACAGGCUGCCGCGGAUCUGCUCAGGGAGCACUUCCCCGAGCGGGACAUCAUUGUCGGCACGCCUGGUCAAGGAUACACGCAGGAUUACUGGUAUGUGCAGGGUGAGAAUAGUCUGGUUUCAAGCAAAGCAUACAAAGCGCUGGGAGUGGACAGGUUCAUCCCUUACGAUAAAUCGAUAUUGGAUACCGUGGAGGCGUUUGAGAAGCAAUGGCCGGGAUACGCGAAAAGUUUGACGAACUGAUAUGAGCCUGUUUACGUUAACUUUUAGCGAGCGCGAAUAGACUAUGUUGUUAGCACUCACCUUUUGCUCACCUUUUGAGGCGGGAUGGAACUUUCUAGAAACAGAUCCCUGAUAUAC